AGACAGCUGGGCGAACUGUAAUUGCGGUGCAUUUUCAAUUAAACUCCCAGCCCCAGGCCAGGAAUUUUCUGUUCUCAUCAGCCAUUUGUUAUUAUCUGAAGUAGAUCUAGAUCUGAUUGGGAUCAUGUCUGCUACAGCUAAUGGGGUUGAUCCCGCUCUAGUCACAAGAAUAGUGGACAGAGUAAAAUCCCAAGGAAUUUUCGAUCAGUUUCGCCGUGACUGUCUCGCAGAUGUUGACACGAAGCCUGCAUACCAGAACUUAGGGACCCGAGUUGAGGGCUACGUGUCUUCCUUCCUGGCCAAUUUCGUAUGGACACCAGAUAUGAACAAAAACCAACUAAGGAACAGCUUGAGGAGACAAAUUAAUGGAUCUGAAAUGCUUGCCUCGGGUGUAGAGAGAAUCAUUGAACAGGUGGUAGAUGCCCAGAUCCAACAGAUUUUCCUCCCUCGCAUUGAGACGGUUGUCAAGGAGUACCUCCACAGUGAUAAUGCACCCUCUUCCAGUGAUAACAAGGCUACAGAGAAUACAUCUGCACCUACACAACCCACUCAACCCGGUCACUCUGAAUGGGGCACUGGUUCCAGCUCAAGUCCUGUGUUUUUGGGUGUGAAAGGAUCUCCUACAGAUAGUCCUCUUCCUGGAUGGAGUGCUGCAACUUCCUUUCCGAAGCCACCCCCGCUGCCUGGUGAAACCCAGGAUCAACCCCAGCCUCCUCCCUUGCCAGAUUCAACUGCUGUCCAGGAAAAGCCCAAGCCUCCUCCCCUGCCUCGCUCUCGGGAAGCAUCCCCACCGCCACUGCCACCCAGCUUGAUACCAGAGAGAAGGCGCACAUCUUCUGUAUCCUCAACAAGUUUAGACUCCAUAUCAUCUGAUCCGCUUAGCAUUGAUAGUGAGGAGGACAAACCGAAGGUAGUUGCAAAAACUACUCCUGCAAAAACAUUGUCUCCUGCCUCCUCCACCAAGUCUACUCCUGGAAAGACAUCUCCUGGGAAGGUUGCUCCAGGAAAGAGAAGAGUGAUUCUGAAGAAAGUGGUGGUUCGAAAAGCAGAUGGCACUAAGGUGGUCAGGGUCGUCCGUAUGGACCCUACCAAAGCAACUGCUAAGAAACUUUUGAUGAGGGCUACAGCAAGAGCUGCUGGGGAUCAGGGUGGAUCUCCCAAAGGAAAAACAAUGUCACCAAUGAAAGAUAAGGCAGAAGACAGUAAGCAAGCUGCUAAAGAAGGUAGUCCUUCCCAGAGCAUCAAAUCAGAAGAUGAUCUUGCUGGUGACAUGCAAAUUAGUCCAUUACUUGGAAAAAGAAAACAUUUACCUGUUGACAUCAAAGUUUCAAAAGUGGGUGAAGCUCAAGACCUCCCCGCUACACAAGUCAAGGAUGAACCAACGAGCAGUGGAGAGGAGAAGAGAACUUCAAGACCAGUUAGGACAAAACGCAGAGGUUACACAAGGGAAGAGAUAGCAGCUGCCCAAGAUGACUCAGAGAGUGAUGAGGAUUGGACACCAUCUCCAGUCAUUCCCAAGGAUGAGGAAGAUAGUCUUUCAAAAGACUUGGAGGAUGUAUCUUCAUCAAGUUCAGAUAUGGACUUUGAAGAAGAAGAAAUGAAUAGUAACUAUAAGACAAACCAGAGAGACUAUUUCCCUGUUGAGGCCUCUGACUCUGAGAGUCAUGUAUCUGAUGUGACUGUUAGCUCUGUGCAUACCAGCGAUCUUUCAUCGUUUGAUGAUAAGAUUAGUUCAUCAUCUAGCUCAUCCUCUAGUAGUGAAGAAGAAGAAGAUACUGAUGACUAUGGAAAAAAUACAGGAAAGUUACCAGACCAAUCCAAGAGUGAUGACAAGCCCACUUCCUCGCCCAUUCCCUCGAAGGACGAGGCCCCAGAAAGAAGCGUGUCCCCUGCAUCAUCUACAGGAGGGAAGACAUCCCCCAAGCCGGUGGCUGAGGCUAGAUGGAAGAGACAACACAUGAUGGAUAUAGAGGAUGAGGAGACAAAGGCAGAGAGGAGAAAGAGAGCGGAUACUAAAGUAUGGAUUGAUAAACAUCACAAAGCAUCAGGAUCCAAGGCGGAGGCUAAGGAAGAGAGAGCGAAGCGCAGGCAACAGAUGAAGGAGGAGAGAGAACGUCAGAGGGAAAGUGCUUCUAGUCCAUCUCAAAUUGGGACCAGGAAACAGAGGAGAGGUAGAAGUGGGGAUGAGGGAGCCGAGACCAAACAAUAUACCAAGCAACAGCUCAAAGAGCAGAAACUACAAGAGAAGAGACGUGAAGCCAAGCGCCAGCGUAGCCUCCUCUCCCAGAGUGAGGACAGUCCUGCAGCACUGGACUUUAAACCCAGGAGGGAGACCAAGUGGGAACAACCAUCUAUCCUCAGACAGGAGUUCUUUCUCAAGAAGCGAAAGGACUCCAAGAUUCCGUUCCAUCACCUACUCACCUUGGACAUGGCUUAUAAACAGCUUCUGAAGAAGAGUCAGCAGAGAGCAAAGUACAUGGCCAUGAGGGUUAGGGAUGAAAAAGCAGGCAAGAAGUCGUACUGUAGGUUUUCCUUCCCAGCCCCAGGGAAGAAGGCAAGGAAGUCGAGAUGGCAGCAAGUAUUGGCAGAGCGGAAGAAGUGCCAAGUAACUGUGGAAGAGUCUGUGGUACCAGAAGAAAUUGCGGAAACAGUUGAUAUGGAUGAGUCUGAUCAGCAAGUUCAAAGUACCAAUGAAGGGAAAAGACUGGAAGUUGUAUCACCCGUAAGCCCUGAUGGAACACCUCAAAUACCUGAAAAGGAGUCUGAAGGGGGCCUUGAUUAUGAAGCUAUCAAAAGCCCAGAAACUGAAACUGAAAGUAUUGAGGAAAUUGGAAAGAGUAACAUAGAUAAGGUUGAUGAGCCCGAGGAUGAGAGAAUAGAUGCUGUGGAAGAACGGAGCAAAGUCAGCACUGAGAAAGAAGAGGAUGCAGCAAUUGAGUACGAGAAAGAAAAUGAAACAGAGAGAGCAGGAGAUGACAUUCUUGAUUCUGACACCACUAAUGUGAAAAUGGAAGAAAAACAAAGUGCAAUUAUAUCCACAGACGUAGUAAAUAUUCUUAGUAGUGAGGCCAAUGAAGAGAUUGCUGGUCCUGACAAAGACAGAGGUGAGGAUAAAGGAAUGGAUACAUCAACAACAGAGAGGGUCAUGGAAGAAGAAUGUCAUGAGGAAGAUACAAAAUUAGAGACAGAGGAAGAAGGCGAGCAACUUGAAGAUAGUAGUGAAAUGAACAAAGAGCAAGAAGAGGACAAAGAACAAGAGGAGGACAAAGAGGAAGGACAAAUCAAUACAAAGGAUGAUGAGAAGAACACUGAAUCACCUUCAGAAGACAGUGUACCAACUUUUAUUGUCCUCGAGAGAGAGGAGAUAUCAAGCGAGGAAAGUGAUUUUGAUGAACCUGAGGGAGAAAUCACAGAGGAGCAAGUUUAUUCUGAAGAAAAAUCACUGAAAUUGCCUUCCAUUUUCCAACAGACUGAGGCGAUAUCAUCAGAUGAAGAGCUUGAUGAUAUCAUACCACCAUCGGCAAAAGACAAAGCUGAUGAGGAUAGGGUGGAGGAGAGAUCUGAAGGAGAGGUGGAUGAAGAUGCGGCACCUAUACCAGAGGGAGAAUCAAUUACCAAGCUCACUGAAGAUAUAUCAGGAGAUGAGCUUUCUGAUUCUCAGUCCCAGGAGAAUCCACCAACUCCAACCAUGGAUGAACCAUCGGAGUUUGAAGGAAUUAGAGAUGCAAGCAAUGAUGGACAGGCAGCUAUUCCUAUUGUCCUUGUUGGUAAUCCUGGUGGGUCUGGUAAAAGUCUUGGACAUAGUUACUCCACAGGAUCAUCAAGUGAUAAAGAAGGAACAAGGACAAGGGAAAGCACACCAAAAGAUGAUAGUCAAAUCCAAGAAAAGGUGGAAGACAGCAAAAAGGAAGAGAUUGAGGAGGGAGAACUUGCAGAAAUGGAAGAAGGAGAAGUGCCAGAGGAGAAAGAGCAAGUAUUGGGCCAUAGGACACGGGACAGAAAUUUGAGUGGUCAGAGUGACCCUUCAGAUGACUCGUUGGGAUAUGGCAAAAGGCCAAGAAGAAGAACCUUCUCCCCACAUCAAGGUAAGGAUGACGAUUACUUGUACUUUGGUCUUCCAAAGCGGACACGACAUCAGUCUCCAACACCAACUCAGUCUCCUACCCCUACACAAGGUGCUGACCAAAAGAAGCCCCUCACUAGGGAACGUUCAAGAUCUGGUACAUUGACGGCUGGCCAGGGUAAAAACUCCCCAACACCAGUCAAGGAAGUGGAGGCAAGGGUACCUUCCGCCCUGACGGAGCGUCGAUCAUCCCGCUAUUCGAGGAGGGUGUCGCCUCCUAGACGGUACUCACCGAGUGAACAGAGGACAGCACCGAAGAGCAAAAGCCAAGGCAACAUUACCCCUCCCCUUGCCCCAUCACCGGUACAUUCCCCCUCACCCCGUGAUCCUGAUCCACCCUCUCAACCUCAGCAGCCCCAUCGUCACUUCACCAGACGGAUGAGUGGGAGGGAUGAAGAAAGGAGGCCUCAUCGUUAUGAAGAUAUGUAUUACUAUGAUAACAAGAAAUCUAAAAGUAAUGCUAAUCAAGCAUCUACUUCAGGUAAACCUACCCGAAGAAUAUCAGCAGAAGAUAGGAAACGGAAGAGGUGAACAUUUGAAUUUCAGUCUCUGAAUUUUAGCAGCUUCUCCUGAAAUUGAGAAUAUAUUCUUUUGAAUAUCUUCAACAUCUGUGGUAUCCAUGUUUUGUUAAAUGGCAGUGAACUUGUUGUUCUGGAUUAUUGCGAAAUAAUGUUAUUCUCUGAGACCGCUGAAAAUGAUAUGAAGCAAAAAAAAGUAUCAAUGAAUUGUACAUUAAUCAGUGAUAAAGUACAUAUUUGCUACUUGAAUGGUGCAAAAUUUUAGUUUCAUUACAUGUCUUGUAAAUAUGUAAGUAUAUGGUCUGUCCAGAACCAGAAGGGCAUUUAUCUAUAUGUUGAAGUAUGAAUUAAUGCCCUUGUGGCUCUAAUCAAUAUGUGAGUAAUGAUAUUGUCACCCAAGAGCCAGAGAGAAAGGUUUGAUUUUUGUGGAAAGUAAUUUGAUUUAAUAUCCUUUCAGCUCUACUACAUGUAGAUGAUCCUAUUAACAAAUGUUAGUUUUUUGUCUCGCUUACAAAGCAGGGCGAGACUAUAGGCGCCGCGUUUCCGACUGCGGCGGCGUCAAUAUCAAAUCUUAACCUAAGUUUUUCUAUGUGGACGAUCAAGGUCAAAUGUCAUUUAGGGUCAGCGACCAUAGUAUUUUAUCAUCAUAUGAAUGUGUUUUUUGUGAAUGAUUAUUCUAUAGUUGUUUUCAAAGUCAGCACUGCUGCUAUAUUGAAUCACGCAAUGCAUGCAGGGGAGACUGCCAGAGGCACUCCACUUGUUUAGGGUUUUUUUGCGCUGUACAUUUCUUUAAGAAAUAGUCAUUCUCCAUAUGAAUUGUAUAGACAAUCUUGGACAGUUUUUUUUCUUAAAUUUCUUUAAUGAUUUUAAAACAAGAUGAAGUCUGUUUAAAUGUUGAAAUUUUAGCCUUUGAUAACAAUUUGGCAUCCUUGUCAGAUCAUGAAUUCUUUUAGAUUUCAAAAAUGUAUUUCUUCAUUUGCACAUCAAAAUUAAGCAGAUUCAAUUUUAUAAAUUACAUUCACAUAUAUUGUAUUGUUGGACUGUAAUUAAUGUGAAUUUGAUUUAAAUCUUGAUCUAUUUUCUUCAAAUAUUCUCAUGAUUAAUGCUCAUAAAAAUGAUGUUGAAUGUGUUUGCAAUUUAGAUGUUACAAAUAAUUUGAAUUCAAUAUUCAAUUCGACUGCACUUGAUUGUAAUUUAUGGCAUAUUUUCUGAAAAGAAAAGUCUUUGUUCUGUAUUUUACAAACUUGCAAUACCUAUCAAAGUUUUCAAAGGGUGAUCAGACAAAGAACCUCCACAAUUGAUCUUCUUCCUCUAAUGUAAUCCAGUGAUUUUAUGGCCUAUCUUAGAUUACCGUUAAAAUAAAUGAGGCAAAAAAAUUGGUCUUAGAUAUAUAUUUCUUGUCUCUUUGCCGCAAAAAGCUGUGGACAAAUUGUUAAUACAUGUAAUCUAGUGUAAUUUAUGAUUCAGGAGUGAUAGCUUAGGCAGGCAAUUUUGUUUUUGCUACCUCUUUUAUUACCUGGUUUCAUAAAGCUGUUCGUAAGUUAAGAUAGACUUUAAGAAUGACUGGCGAACCCUUUUUACACGCUAAAUAAUCACCAAUUAACAUUUAAUGGUGAAUAUCAUUUCCAACAAGAAAGGAUCACCAGUCGGUCUUAAGGUCAAUCUUAACUUGCAAACGGCUUUAUGAAACGGCCCCCUGAACUAUUAUUCCUAACUUAAACCAUUGGAAAAUCACCUAUGGCUUUAGAUCUCGAUGAUCCGUCAUUGAUGUUACAAGUAUCUGGAACUCAUCAUCACUUGGUUUCCUUGUUGCCGGCAAAUUUGACAUUAACUUACAGGUUGAGGCUCCACAAUUGGCACAUGUCCCAUACAUUUGAUGCACUAGCGUACCUACCUGACGAGCCACAACCCAUGCAAAGGACGUAUCCCUGCCCCCCCCUCCCCCCUGACGAGCUUGAAAGACUUUUUUGCCCCCCCUGACGAGCUUGAAGACCUUUAUUGCCCCCCUGACGAGCUUGAAGACCUUUUUUUUUUUUUUUUUUUUUCUUGUCAAUUUUUAUUCUGUUACAAAAUCCUUUAUUUGUGAUUGAAGACCUUUUUUUUUUUGCUUGUCAAUUUUUUUGGCGGACGGUUUUGCCCCCCCCCUGUGAAAAAUCCUAGGUACGCCACUGAUUCGAUGUACUCCCACCAACUUUCUUCAUCGUCCCAACAUCCACCAAUCGUUCUCAAUGUAGCCAUCCUUUAGCCUUGUCACUAAAUCUUUUUAUUAUUUACUUUUCAUUUAAAAAUGUACAUUAAUGAAAGAUGAAGGCACUUAAUUAGCGAACUCCGUACAUGACAUUAUUACAUGCAUGUACAACAAUUUUAUAGCUUUAUUAUAAAUUUUAUUAACAAUGACUAUUCCUUUACAUGAUGAAUUUGAUUCAAAGUACUGUUUAGUAAAUUUUGAUCAACAAUUUUGUAUGAAUUUUCAUCACCUCAAAAGAUAUCUUUAAUGCUCAAAUUUUAUUCUGCUACUCUGCACAAACCCAAAUACUGAAGAGAAUUACCUUAAAAACGUAUAAGGUUGUAAGAUUUGCAGUAUACAUUUAUCAUAUUAAUGUGCUUUGUAAGAUAUUAAAAUAUCAUUUCAAUGCAUUUCUCUUUGUGAUUGCUUCUCGUAUAUUGUUUUGUGAAAAAUUUCAAAACUGAUUAUUGCAUUGAGAGUAUAUAGUCCUCCUGAAGGUAAUGAAAAAGAUACAAGAGAUAACAAACAAUUUUGAUCUUUUCUCAUGAAUUAUGAAUGAACUGUACAUUAUUUUGUGCAUACAAAUGAAUGUGCUUUUCUUACGAGCUGUGCAAAAUAUAAUUGAGAAUAAUUUGAAGAAAAGGCCAUGAUGUAAGAGGUUAUGAAGUGCAAGAAUUGGCUUAGAAUCGUAAAUAUA